AGCAAAGUUUAGACAGUGUGGAUGAGGCCAGAUGAGACAGCUGCAUUUAGAGAGAAGACUACAGGGAGGAGGCGGAUUUAUUUAUUUACACUCAGCGAUCAUUUUGUGGAUUAUUUGGAUCUUCCUCACCUGGAUUUAAAGGAUUCUGCGUUUCCACUAAAAGCUAUGGUGGCUUACGAUGAACUGGGUAGCUUGGUGCCUGUCAAACGGACUCUACAAGUGAUAGACUGCCAAAACCAAGCCAGCAAGGAAUCCGAGGAACCCAGCAACAAACGUGUCCGUCCACACGGCAGAGUGACGUCGCUAGCGAGCCUCAUCUCUCCGGUUAAAAAUGGGGCCGUCCGGCGCUUCGGCCAGACCAUUCAGGCCUCUUUCCGGGGUGAUGGCAAGUCGUCAGGAUCUGGCCAGAAGCCUUGCAAACAGGGACCAGCCCCCACACCACCAAAAAGACGGAACAGCACCUUGUGGUCAGAGACGUUGGACAUCCAUCGGAAAGGAACUUUUUCCACACAAGAGAUCAAGCGCCAGGAGGCCAUAUUUGAGCUGUCUCGUGGAGAACAGGACCUGAUUGAGGACCUCCAGCUUGCACGCAAGGCAUACCAUGACCCUAUGCUGAAGCUCUCCAUCAUGUCUGAGGAGGAGCUUACACACAUCUUCGGCAACUUGGACGACUACAUCCCCCUGCAUGAAGACUUGCUGUCUCUGCUCUCCAAAGCCACGGGGUCUGAUGGGACUGUCGGCCAAAUAGGACAGAUCGUCAUUAGCUGGCUGCCCAGGCUCAAUGCCUACAAGGAAUACUGCAGCAACCAGCUGGCAGCCAAGGCAUUGCUGGACCAGAAGAAGCAGGAUCGGCGGGUCCAGGACUUCCUGCAGCGCUGCCUCGAGUCCCCGUUUAGCCGGAAGCUGGACCUAUGGAGCUUCUUGGACAUCCCCCGCUCUCGUUUAGUCAAGUACCCCCUGCUUUUGAAAGAGAUCCUCAGACACACUCCAGCAGACCACCCCGAUGCAGACAGCCUGGAGGAAGCAAUCACAAUCAUCCAAGGAGUUCUAUCCGACAUCAACAUGAAGAAGGGGGAGUCUGAGUGCCAGUACUACAUUGAGAAGCUGGAGUACCUAGACGACAGGCAGAGGGACCCCCGCAUUGAACAGUGCAAGAGUCUCCUGUGCCAUGGGGAGCUGCGCAACAAGAGCGGCACGAAACUACACGUGUUCCUGUUCACGGAGAUCCUGGUCCUUACCCGACCCGUCACCAGGAACGAGCGACAGUGCUUCCAAGUUUAUCGGCAGCCAAUCCCGGUGCAGGAUCUGGUGUUGGAGGACCUGCAGGAUGGAGACGUCAGAAUGGGCGGUUCCUUUAGAGGAGCCUUCAGUAACUCAGAGAAAGCCAAGAACAUUUUCCGUGUCCGCUCUCAGGACCCCAACCACUCGCAGUCCCACACGCUUCAGGUCAACGAUGUCUUCCACAAGCAGCAGUGGCUCAACUGCCUUCGUAGCGCCAUCUCCGUCCACCAGCCGCUCGGCGAGCCCCCCUCUCAGAGUCCACACAUGAGCGAUGUCCGCUCCAAGCGUCGUAUGUCCUCUGCCUCUGCCAUCAUCCACCUGGAGGAAGUCGAUGAGAACUGCCCACAGCAGACCUCUCACUCUGCCCCCUGCUCGCCGUGCGGCAGCACCUCAAGCUCCACGGCAGCCUCGCUUUCCUCCUCCUCCUCCUCAGUAGCUUCAUCUCUGUCCUUCUCUACUUCCUCACUCAAAAGCAAAAAGGAUAAGAGGUCUCUGUGUUCCUUAGGGAAGAGGAAGGAAACUAUGGUUUGAACUGAGCAGGAGGAAAUGGACUCAUCAGCGGACACUUUCUGUAUAUAAACCCGAACAAAGGCGCAUGGGACUUUAUUUAUGUGUGUCUAUGUGUGUUUUUAUUAUUCCAGCAGUGUUCUGUGUUACUGUCCUCUUCGGCAGCUAUGUACAAGUGCAUCCCAAACAAAAAGGGAAGCAUGUGGAGAAACCAGCCCAGGCGUCACACAUCAAUCUGUGUGAUUCUGUGAAGAAUGAGCUUGUUAUCCUGUUUACUAUUAAUUUGAUAUUUAAACCAUACUUUAGACCUAUUUGGGGCUAAUUAACGUUUUACAUUUUUAUAUUCUAAGGUGUCAUUUUUGUAGGCAUUGUGAAGCAGCACUGUUUUAGCAUUAUUUUUUUACUUGUUAAGGAUGAAAUGCAUCACACGAAGCUAGAGACGAAUCCAGGCUCAAACUUUAUAUGAAUACAUUCCUGAAAACCACGGAUUUUAAAUCCUGUUGAAUUUACAGAUGGAAGCAUUAGUUUAAACCCAGAGCGGAUCUAAGGUUCUCACAAAGAACAACAGCAACAAUAAUCCAA